AUGGGCAUGCCCGGCGGUCCUGGCUCUGCCCUCCCGCCCCCUCCUCCUGGGAUGGGCCUAGCAGGACUGCAGCUGCCACCAGGCAUCGGCCCGCCCCCUGCGCUGCCCAAGCUCCCUUUCCCGGGCAUGCCGCCACCUCCAAACCUGGACUCUGAGUCGCUGGCGCAGAUGAGGUUCCAGCAGGUGGCCUCCGAGUACGAGCAAAUCAAAAGUGCGGGGAUCGACCCACAGGUGGCGGAACUUGCUGAGUAUCACGGACUAGAUGAUCGCGCUACACGUGCCCUUGAUGAAGAAAUGAAAAAGAGAAAAGACACGUUUGAGUCAGACCUGCAAGCUCUUUGGGUCGGUUUGGAAGGAUCCAAGAAUCCAUCAGGAAUGCUGAUGAUGAAGCUGAAGGAUAUGCGAAUGGGGACCUUCAAGGGCAUGACUGCCUUGAACAAGAAGAUCCAAGACUUUGCCAAGAGAAACCGCUUGGAUGCACAAGCUGCGGUGAAGCUGGCAGAGGUCAUGGAAAACCGUGACGACGUCGAUGCGGACCUGACGAAACUUGCCAAGCAUCUUGAGCGCUCCAACAAGCCAUCCUCCUUGGUCAUGAUGAUGCUCCGAGACCUCCGGGAGGGCAAACCCAUCAAGGACCCGGAGUAUGCCGCUGCGAUUGGCAGCAAGGUGCAGCUGAGCGGGAUCGAAGUCGCAGCCGACAGAGAGGUGGUCGGGAUGAGGCGCGAGGUGGACGUCAUGACAGGGACAGACGCGACCGUGAUCGCAGCUCAGCUGCAGAGUGUUUUUCAUGGGCGAUCCUGGGUGAUCGGGACCGUGAUCGUGAUCGAGACCGUGAUCGAGACCGCGAUCGUAGGGACAGGGGCGGUGACGACAGACGCGAUAGAGGCGGUGGUGGAGCGGGAGCAGGAGGAGGCGGAGGCGGAGGCGGCCCUGGACCGGAGAGACCUGAACGGUGAUGUGGAGAGUAUGGGGUCUUAUGUGAGCCGUGCGCAUGCUUGGGAUGGAGACAACAUGAUCAGGAUGGCAGAUGGCAGUAUCUUCCGUGUACUGCCUCCGGCCAUGUCAGAAGCCGUGCUGGCAGAGAUGCUGGAGAAGAUGCGCGUGCGGGACAGCGACGAUCAUCGUACUGUGAUCAGCAAGAAGUUGUCAUAUGUCCUGCGUCACGGAGCCAAACAGCUUGAUCUUCCCAUCACAGAUGGAGGAUUUGUGGCUUUAGCCGACUUGCUUGCCAUCGAGCCACUGUUCGGCGAUGUCAGAACAGAGGACUUGCUGGAGGUCAUAGAGGCCUCCAACUCUGAGAAACAACGGUACGAGCUGAUCAACCAGGAAGCAGGAUGGCUAAUUAGGGCCACCACGAAGCACACCAUGGAGGGCAUCCAUGCGCCUCCGGCCGUGAAGCCAAAGAAGUCACCAAAGAGGGCAAGCAAGGCUGGAUCGAAUGGCGCGGCAAAGGCUGAGCGAGCUGCCGGAAUCAAGCCUUGUACUGAGCUGCCUCUUGAGGGCUUCACUGUGGGUGGGUAUGAGAUCUGGUCUGUUCCCUUCCCUGGCACAUUUUGCAUUGGCCGGCAACAGGCCAUGCAGCGCUUUAAUCCCGGCCCCGAGGUUCCAGAAGCCGAUUUUCCCAAGCUCUUUGUUGCGUUCCUGAAGCGGUUUAAGACCAGCAAGGAUGGAGCCGACACCGAGGAGGGCGGGAGUCGAAGUCCGACGACGCCAGCGCGGCGCAGAACCAAAGAGGCUGCGCCAGCGGGCAAAGGGGGCGGCAAGGGUGGCGGCAGAAGUCCAAAGGCAGAGACGGCUUCCGUCAGUUCUGAAGAUAUCGGUGGCGAAUUCGCCUUUUAUCCGAGUCCUGGAUCCACACCACGCAGCUUUGAUGGCGAUGUGGUCCAGGCGGAGCCGGGAGUUCAGACGCUUGGCACUUGGCCCCAUGCAGCACACGCCUGCCGAUCCCUGCAGUUCACGUGCAGCUUCCACAAGGGCAAGAGCAGCUUGGCUAGAUUUCAACUGGGCAGCCUGAAGACGCUUGAGCCCGGACAGAUGAACCCGGCAAUGCAGCAGCAACAGCCUUCGCCCACGAGCAAGGCGGGGCCUCCUGCCUCGCCCCAGUUCGCAGGGCAGCUGCAGCCCCGGGGGCAGAUGUCGCCAGCAAUGUCACCGCAGAACGUGCAACAAUUCAAUGCUCAAGGUUCGCAGCCAAACGCGCCUGCGAACCAGUUGCCGGGGCAGGCGCAGAUGGGCAUGUAUGCCAGUGAUGUUACUGAUGGCCAGCACGAAGGGCUAGGGCAGUCGCCACCGCCUCCUCCGACACACGCUCCGCAGGUCAGCGGCCUUGCGCAGAGACAAAUGGAGUCUGCAGAGCUCUCACGGCCGCCAGGGACUUUCAUCCCAGUCAGCAGAGCCUGGAUCUUGGAGCUGGAAGCCGGUGCUUCCCCGUUUGCAGUUCGAUGCCUGAAUGCUUUUGAGCAUUUGUUUGCCCCAGCAAUCGAGCGCAUAAUGUACGGAGGCCUUGUUUUUGUUUUGGCUUUGCUCUGGUUGAGUGGGCAGAAGAAAUCCAAGCAAACUAGCAGCGUUUCUGGCAAGGCCAUGGGGCGGAAGCGCGGGGGAGACCCUGAGCUGAGAUGGGUGGAUGGAGGCGGCAUGGAGAUGGAGAUGCCCUUCGCAGCAGCCACCGUACCAGCAGGUCUGCCUGGGUUCCCCGGCGCCAAGCUGCCUCCGCCACCCCCAGGGCUUGGCUUCGGCCUGCUGCCGCCGGGCGUUGGCCCGCCACCGGCCUUGCCCAAGUUGCCGAUCCCUGGGCUGCCACCUGCGGGCCCGGGAAUGGACUCCGAGGCCUUGGCACAGAUGCGGUUUCAGCAAGUAGCUACCGAGUACGAGCAGAUCAAGAACGCUGGGAUUGAUCCGCAAGUGUCUGAACUUGCGGAGUACCAUGGUCUAGAUGAUCGUGCCACGCGCGCCUUGGACGAAGAGAUGAAGAAGCGAAGAGCGACGUUUGAGUCUGACUUGCAAGCUCUGUGGGUGGGCUUGGAGGGGGCAAAGAACCCGUCUGGAAUGCUCAUGAUGAAGUUGAAGGACAUGCGGAUGGGAACCUUCAAAGGAAUGACAGCCUUGGACAAGCAGAUCCACGACUUUGCCAAGCGAAACCGCCUGGAUGCUCAAGCUGCGGUGAAGCUCGCGGAGGUUCUCCACAAUCGUGAUGACAUCGACAGCGACCUAAGCAAACUCCAGAAGCACCUCGAGCGGUCCAACAGGCCCUCUUCGCUGGUGAUGAUGAUGCUUCGAGACCUCCGUGAGGGCAAGCCCAUCAAGGAGCCCGGAUACGCUCCGGCAAUCGGCAGCAAGGUGCACGAGAGAGAACUGCGCGACUCACAGAAGGAGCGCCAGCGCAGUCGCAGCAGACAGAGAGGCGGGCGAGAUGAGGCGCGAGGAGGCCGCCAUGACAGGGAUCGAGAACGCGACCGCGACAGAGACAGAGAUCGCGACCGGCGGGACCGGGAUCGGGGCGAUCGGGGCGAUCGGGGAGAUCGGGGGGAUCGCGAUCGUGACAAAGACCGUGAUCGUGAUCGUGAGAAGUGA